AUGAGCAUAGUUCCGAAAGAAACAAUUGAAGUGAUAGCACAGAGUAUAGGCAUCACCAAUUUAUCACCAGAUGUUUUACCUAAUAUUGCUUCCGAUGUCGAGUAUCGCGUUCGCGAAAUUAUGCAGGAAGCUAUCAAAUGCAUGCGGCAUUCGAGGAGAACCACCUUAACUACCGUUGACGUGGACAGUGCACUUAGCUUAAGAAACGUUGAGCCAGUUUAUGGAUUUGCGUCAGGAGAUCCGUUGCGGUUCAAAAGAGCUGCUGGACAUAAGGAUUUGUUCUACAUUGAGGAUAAAGAUGUAGAGUUUAAGGAAGUGAUUGAAGCUCCUCUACCAAAGGCACCAUUAGAUACAGAAGUGGUUGCUCAUUGGUUAGCUAUUGAAGGAGUUCAACCUGCCAUUCCAGAAAAUCCUCCUCCUGAAGUACUCACAGUGCCUUCCGACAACGGAAAGACUGCAUACAAAGAGGAUGGAAUUCCUGUUGACAUCAAAUUACCUGUAAAGCAUGUACUUUCCCGUGAACUUCAGCUUUACUUUGAGAAAAUCACAGAGCUUACUGUUAGUAGAUCCGAUUCUGCCCUCUUUAAAGAAGCUCUGGUGAGCUUGGCUACUGACUCAGGGAUCCAUCCUUUAGUUCCUUACUUUACAUUUUUUGUUGCUGAUGAGGUUUCUCGGAAUCUGAAUAAAUUUUCUCUCCUUUUUGCUUUGAUGCGUCUUGUUUGGAGCCUUCUUCAAAAUCCUCACAUACACAUUGAGCCCUAUUUGCACCAAUUGAUGCCUUCUGUGAUGACAUGCCUGGUUGCAAAAAGACUAGGAAAUAAGUUCUCCGACAAUCACUGGGAUCUCAGAAACUUCACUGCUAAUCUGGUUGCUUCAAUAUGCAAGAGAUUUGGUCACGUUUACCAUAAUCUCCAGCCACGUGUCACCAGGACAUUGCUGCAUGCUUUCUUGGACCCAUCAAAAGCACUCCCUCAACAUUAUGGUGCAAUUCAAGGGCUAGCAACACUUGGACCUAAUGUGGUUCGCCUACUUGUGCUGCCCAAUCUUGAGCCUUAUUUGCGGCUUCUGGAGCCAGAAAUGCAACUUGAGAAGCAAAAGAAUGAGGUGAAGAGGCAUGAAGCCUGGCUUGUAUAUGGGGCAUUGAUGCGUGCAGCUGGCCUGUGCAUGUAUGAUCGACUGAAGACGCUCCCCUCUCUACUAGCUUCACCAGCACGUGCUGUCUUGAAGAGUAAUGCAAAAGUCAUAACGACAACGUCAAAGAAACGUAAAGCCAGCAUGGAUAAUACGAUGCAACAGCCACCACUCAAGAAACUAGCAACGGAGAGUACUAUGGGUGCAACACCGGCGAACUCACUGCCAGUCGACAUGCCAGGAUCGAGCAGUGGAUACCCAACAGUUAUUGGGACUGCAGACACUAAUUUACAAUCAUCACGGAAUGAGAAUGUGCCUGAAAGCAGUGGCAGAAAGGAGAUGGUCGGUGGUCAAGGGCCAAAAACAUCAGCAGCUCUUACUCAAGCCUGGAAGGACGAUGUUGAUGCCGGGCAUUUGCUGCCUCUGCUAUAUGAAUAUUUCGGUGAAAGUAUGUUGUCCUUUAUACCCUCGCCUGCAGCAUCUUUCUUCUUGUGA